GUGUUCUUAUAUUAUUGUUUUGCUAAUUUUAUAUUGUUUACAUCAAUUCUAUAACUGUCCUGUCCUCUUGAAUUUAUUUUUUAGAAAAAAAUUAAUAUUAUUUGAAUUGAUAAGUACUAUUUUAUUUUACAACGAUUAAACCCGACCUCGUAUAUUUUAAACCGCUGUUUUGUGCGUUUUAAAAAUAUUCAGUUUCAAAAUCUGUAUGUCUUACUAUUGUUCUAUCUUAUAUUUUUUCAAAUAACAGAAAACUCGGUACACGUUUAUUUGAUUUGGGAAAAAUAAUACCAAAUAGGUAGGUUUACUUUAAGUAAUCAGUAUGCCUAGAAAAAAAAUACCAGUUCCUAAUGUAGUAAUCUCUCGACCACAGAGAAAUACGAGAGCAAAAAAAGUAUUUGAUCCAUCCGAUACUCAUGUCCCAAAAAGAAGAAUUAAAAGGUCUAUUAAACCAUUGAGUAAUGCAAAAAAACUAAAUGAUGUAGCAGUGAAUGAAAUAAGUAUGCCUUAUGAAUCAUUUGAGUAUUCAUCAAACGACUUACCAACUUUUUUAUCAUCAAUGUCGCCAAUGCAUUCGAGGUCUAAUUCUCCCGAAAGUUCCUAUGAAGUAACAGAUAAUUGUUGCUUGUGCUUGAAAACAAUCAACUUGAAGGAUUUUUUGAAUUGCUCGAUUUGUGUUUUUAGAGUUCACCGUGAUUGCUUAAUUGUCAAUGAACCCAUGUGGAAAUUCAAACUGGAAAAAUGUCCUUGGCUUUGUAAACAAUGUCGACAAACUUACUGCAGUAAAUGUUUGAAGAAUGCAACUAAAACGGAUAGUUUACGUCGAUGUAUUACUUGUAAAGUUGGUAUGCAUGUCGAGUGUUACGAUUCAUGUGAAAUAAAACCGCUUCAAUCGUUAAAAGAUGAUAUUUAUUUGUGUAUACCCUGUAAGACGUUGGCAACACGUAAACUAGAUGAAGACGAUUAUGAUUUGGAUGGAUCAGAAUACUCUUUAUCCAUUACGUCAGAAGAAAACGACAAUGACAAUAAUGUUGAUGUUAUACUUAAUGAUAAACCUCGUAGUUCCUCUGUAGUACAAAGCAAAUGUGCAGAAAAUAAAUUGUUAUUCCCGCAAAAAGGAUUGGACAUUCCAGAUGUAACUGAAUGGGAUAAAUAUAAAGUCAGUGCAUACUUAUCAAAACUGUUGCCUGAUGACGAUAUUGCCUCGACAUUAAUUAAAAAUGAAAUCGACGGACGUGCUCUGCUGUUAAUUACACGAUCGGAUAUUACCACAAGAAUGGGGUUGCUGCUCGGUCCAGCGUUGCACCUAUACCAAGAAAUUCGUAUACUACAAACCCAGAGUACGCAUUGCUCUGUUUAUUGGGAAUAAUAUAUUUUUUUAAAUUAUCAGAUUAUGGUUAAGUGUAGAUUUUAUGUUUUUAAAUACAAUUUAAAAUAGCACGCAAUUCAUUUUUUUUUUUUAUGAUUGAUCUUGUGUAAGAGUUCAAAAUGACUCUAGCACGCUUAUAAGUGCUAACUUUUUAGACCUUGUUAAUAUAUUGUUGUAUGAUUUAAUUUUCCUACAUAUUUAAGUAUCCUAUGGGCACAAAUAUAUAUUUAAACCAUUCAAAUAAUGUGAUGUAGCCUGUCAUAAAAUACAAAAUAACUAUUGUGCUUUUAUAAGCUCUUGGAGAGUGAAUAUUUUAUAGAUUAUUUAUAGUUUUAAACAAUAGUUUGCUAGUAUAAACAUGGCAAUAAUAGCAAGUAGAAUAAUAUAUAUCUUAAAUAUGAUUGCCAUACUUUGUAUAUAUGUAUAAAAGUUGAAAAACAAUUUUAUUCUGUAUCCAGUUAUC